AAACAAAAUUAAAUUUUUAUUUCUCAAAUUUCUUGUAUUUAAAAAUAUAACUUUCACUUAACUAAUUUUUUAUUUUUAAUAUAUUAAAUGGUUAAUAGAUUUGGACAUAACUUUUUGAAACUACAAAGAUAUUAAUUUAGUUAUUGUUUUUAAAUUUGGAUGUAACUUUUUGUUAAUUCUUGAAAUAAAAAAAUUGACAUGUAUUUUAGGUGAACAGCAAAUCAUGUUUUCCGUAAUUGUAUGUAUAUCAUAUGAACUUAAAAUAUGUGUAGUAUAAAUAUAAAUAUUUUAUAUAAAAUGAGAGAUGUAAACUAGAAAUAUAAGGUUAGUUAUAGGUUAUUUUCGGAUAUUCAUUCGGGUUCGGAUAUUACCCGUUCGGGUUCGGAUAUCCAAUCUUUCCUAAAUACAUAUUCGGAUAUUCUGUUACUUCGGUUUGGAUUUCCUUUCGGAUUUUUCGGAUCGGGUUCGAAUGAGAUUUCGGAUAUCGUGUCUGCCCCUAUCCGCUAUUGCACUUGGAUUAUUUGGAUUCUACAGAAGCCUAAUAUCGUUUCAAAACAUAAAUGGGCCAAACUGAAACAGUCAUGUUAAAAGGCCCAAUUAACAACAGCCGUCCAAUCGCUAAAAGUAAAGAUCCGAGCGUUACUUCAAAUUUCGAAAACCCGACCGUUGGGUGGUAUCAUCAUGAUCAUCCUGAGAAGACAAAAACUAUUAAAUUUAAUUAAUUAUUACAAAAGUCUUUUUGUCUUGUUCAUAUCUAUAAGCUCGUGAAGGUGUGGAGUAGUAAGAUCUAUUAGCUUGCGGCUAAGAUCUACCAUGACGAGACGGCGCCAUGGCUGGCAAAGACCCUUUCACACAUUACAGAUCGUAGGAGCUGUUAUCUUUAGUGCUCUGGUCGCAUCUUUCUAUGUCUUCCUCGGCUUCUUCCUCGGGAAUCGAAUAGCUAUCAUCACGCUUCUCUCGCUCUUCUCUUUUGUGGCGGGUUCGGUUAUAGCUCUGUUCGUUAGGUGCACGGCGAUUGAUCCUACGGAUAAGACUAGUGCUAAGAAGAGGAGAAGGGCGAAAUCGAAAGGAGUGCUGAUGAAGCUGAGAGUGAAGGUAGUUUUGAGCCAAGUCGUUGUGAGGUUCUUCAGGAGGCUAGAGAGGAAGAUCUUGAGGAACUUUAUAAGACGGACGUAUUUGGAUCCGUGGAAAAGCAGCGUGCAGCUUGAACCGCUUCUUCCGUUUCCACUUGUCAUGAAAGAUGACGCUGUUACACCUGACCCUAAAGAGGAGGAAGAUGAUAUCUCUUAUUGCUCACUUUGUGAUUUAGAGGUUAAACGCAGCAGUAAGCACUGCAGGACAUGUAACCGGUGUGUUGAAGGGUUUGAUCACCAUUGCAGUUGGCUUAACAACUGCGUUGGGAAAAGGAAUUACACCACUUUCAUACUCCUGAUGGUUUUCGUCUUGCUCAUGCUAAUGAUUGAAGGGGGAACAGCUGUUGCCGUAUUUGUCAGAUGUUUUGUGGACAAGAAAGGGGUCGAAACCGAAUUGAAGAGAAGGCUACAUGUAGAGUUCCCUAGAUGGGUUCUUGCUACAAUAUCUGUUAUGUUGGUUUUGUUAACGGCCUAUGGCUCGGCAGCUAUGGGACAGCUUUUCCUCUUCCAUGUGGUUCUCAUAAGAAAGGGGAUGAGAACAUAUGACUAUAUAUUAGCAAUGAGGGAGGAGAAUCAGUUUACAGAAGUGGACCCUUUUGAUGAAUUGGAUUCAUCUUCAGAUGAAAGCUCAGAUUUUGAUUCACCUGAAAGACCAAGACAAACAUUAAUCUCCAAGUUCAUGUGCAGUAAAACUAAUGAGAAUCAUCAGAAGAGACUAUCCAUAAAAGUAGAAGGAGAUGGGCGUUCACCUUCUUCCACGCUGAUCAACAAGAAACCGGGCUUUCAUGUAACCAUAAACCCAUGGAAACUGAUCACUCUAAGCAGUGAAAAGGCGCUACAAGCAGCUGAGAAAGCAAGGGAGAGACUGAGGAAGACUAAACCGGUUUCCGAGUCCGGAGAAGAUUCACUUAAGCCACUUCCACUAGAGACGAAGUUUGGACUUUUGUUAGAUCCAGACAAUAACAACAGUGUGUUACAACCAUCAAUACCUGAAGCAGUUAAACUUCAUGUCUCACCAGCGAAGUUCUCUAGCCCACGAAGAAGGUUCUCAGGCUCUUCUUCUACCACUGUACCAUCCCCCAAACAAAAAUACAGGAGUAACUUUGACUUGAAGCUAACUGAAGUAUCUAAGGAGCUUGAAAGUUACAUCUCAAGACAAGUUUUGUGUUCUGUGAUAAAGCAAGAUGGAAGUGAAGCAUCACCAAGAUGAAGAAAAAAAAAGACAAAGUGUCGUUUCUGGUUGUUGUUGAUUACAUGUUUUAUUGGUUGUCGUUGUUCUCAGUCUCUGGGAAAUAUUUAAGAUCUGAUUAAACUAUUGCCUCGCCGUGUUCAACAUUUAUAGAGUGUAUAUAUAUGUUUAUGAGAUGCAAAACAAUAAUGGUUGUUGAGGAAAAUUGGCUAAUUGGGCCAUAUUUAGGAAUGAAUUUUUUCACUUGUAUUUUUGGGUCUAUAAAUUUGUUCAAA